AUGUCUGGAGUGGAAGACUCCACCGCUUUGAGGGGUGCUUACACCGACCGUCCCCCUAUUCUAGCAUCAGAGCGGCACUUCGACCCCUACGAGGCAAGGGUAGGUCGCGGCGUCCCCUUAUACGUCAGUAUCGAAGGGGAUGUGGAAUCCACUUCCCCCCCGGGGUAUACUUCCGACGGCGGCACUGCAGCUGAGGUAGCCGUUUUCUCUGGCUCUGCGAAUAGAGGCGAUUAUGAUAAUGAAAAUGACAACAAUCAGCAUCUUUUGUGCAGGGAGGUGGACAAGCAAAGCCCCUUUCGCACACUGGUGGGAUACACAUCCAAUAACGAACUCUGGCGCUUCCGUCGCCGUGGGUGCCAGGAUGGUUGGAUGGCCAUAGUCUUCCUCAUGUUGCUAGCCGUCGUGUUGGUCCGGGGGGUGUCGGAGCUUCAGAACUUCGAGUUGACGGAUCAGAUGACGAACCGUAUUUCCCAGAGAGGACGCGAGAUAGGGUUGUUUCUUGGUGACGAAGGCGGCAAUCAAAGCAUUAUCAGUUUUUCGCCCUUUUUCUGGGGUGGGGCUAAUCAAGCGGAUGGGAGCAAUGCACCCAUCGUGAGCUUGCUUGCCUCUCCGCAUCAGGGACAAAAUAAGGCAACUUCUUUAGAACCUAACGGGGGCGCUGAUGCUUCCAAAGGGGGGAAUCGUGCCUCAGGCAUGCGUACAGCGCUUCAGGAUAUCUGGCGUGAGUCGAUAGCCUUCCGAUGGGUAGCGAUGACUGUGCUCUUUGUUGGCCUCGCCCUCGCCGCUGCGGUGCUGGACAUCAAACUGUUACGUUUUAUGCCCCGUGCACUCAUUUUGGCAUUCAGUUGGCUAAAUACUUUUCUAUUUGCCGCUAUGACACUUGCGUUCUACUGGAAUGGAUAUUUUAUAAUGAGCUUUGUGUUUGCUUUGAUCACGGUAUUGCCGCUGCUGUGGUUGUUCCUUGUCCGGAGUCGUAUAAAUUUCUCUGUUUGCAUGACUGUCAUUGCCUCUCGCAUCAUUCAGCGAUACUGUGGUCUCCUGAUCCUCUCAUUGGGCAUAGCUCUGCUGUCUGUCGCGUACUCUCUCUUCAUGUUGUGCCUAUUGAUUCCAUCGUCGUUUCGUCUAUUGGCGGGUACGUCGGAUCCGCAAGAUACUUGGUACACUCUGCUCGUGCUUUCGAGUCUUUUUUGGACGACACAGGUGCUCGUACACGCCAUGCACGUCGUCUGCUCGGGUGUCGUCGCGACGUGGUACUUUUCAGGGUCUUCCCAGAUACCUUCAUCACCAAUUUUAAAAAUGCUCCGUCGCGCUUUUUUUGAUAAUUUCGGCUCGAUCUGCUUUGGCUCUCUGCUGGUUGCCGUUGUCGACCUUAUCUACUUUUUCGCCAACGUGGCCUCAGGCGAAUCGGAUGACUACAGCUUUAUCAGUUGCAUUUUUCUAUGCAUGUUAGAUUUCAUUGACUUCCUUCUGAAUUACUUCAAUCAAUACGCCUUUGUGCAUGUUGGCAUAUACGGGUGCAGUUAUCUCGAAGGGGCGAAAGUAACGUGGCAGUUAACCCAGCAGUGCCUUUUUGCGGCUGUAUUUAACGACUGUUUGGUGGGACAGGCUGUUGGAAUGGCAACAAUUUUUUCAAACCUUGUGAUGUCCGUUAUCGCCUACGCGCUGACAAGGAAUUUAGUAUUCACCGUGGUCGUAUUCGUAAUCUCUGACUUAAUCAACACCAGCGUCUUCCAAGUCUUCAGAAGUACCGUGAUUACCAUUUUUGUAUGUUUCGCAGAGCUUCCGGAAGGCCUAGAAGUAUCCUUCCCGGAGCUGUACAAAUUACUGAUGAAGUACGAUACAGGAAUGGUUCACAAUGUGUAUCCAUAUGCUAACCAACCAAAGUACGGGACUCUAUAG